AUGCGACCCGAAAAGCGCAACACAUUGAUUGCACUCCUUAUAAGCCAUUUUGAUAGCUAUUGGUGGAUCGAUGUCUUGUGUACGCGUACCGAAACACCUUUGGACAUCAUGGGUGACAUUUACGCUUGUUGUACCCAAUGCAUUGCCAUGAUCGAUUGUUCUGCUGAAGUAAUAUCCAAAGUGUGUUGGUUGGCAGGUGUGGCACGCCUGCUGAACAUGUCAUGUCAAUAUGCAAGGCAAUGCUUCGACAAAGAUCAACAAUACAAUCACUUUGAUGAUUCCUUGGAUCGCUGUAUGGAAGAUCAACACGAACAGUGGGCGGCACAUCUUGACAAGUUGACUCAAUGUCAUUGGUGGAACCGCGUUUUGACAUGGCAGGAAUUGGUGCUACCAACAAAAACGGUUUUUAUGGCCGAGACAGCCACUGAAAUGUCUCGUCAUACUAUGCUGAGCACAGCGAUCAUGCACAUGAAAUGGACCUCUUGGGAGCUCAUUGUAUGGCUGAUGCCUAUCGCUAUUUGA